UCCUUUUCUUUUUUGCCCUCGCGCACGCGAGAUAAACAUUGGACCUGAAACCCCGGCUGCUGUUACACCCUCAGCCACCCUUGUGAGGCCCUCUUCAGGCAAGGUCGGCCGCCUGCAGGGGAGCAGAGAGGGAGGCCGCGGACGGCGCGGGCCGGAGCUAAAAGACACACCUUCGUGAGUGUGUGGUGGGUUCGGCGCCCGCCGGAGGCAGGUAACGGUGCAUUCCUGCCGAGGAUCGCUCGCUGCCAGUCUCAAGAGACACGCAGCUAAGAGAGAAGCACCGUUCCUGCCAGCCCAAGUCUUCAGGCCCCGCGACCAGGAUGUCUAGACCGGAGGGCGUGGGCAUCAUCGCCAUCGAGGCCUAUUUUCCCUCGCAGUUCGUCGACCAGACCGAGCUGGAGCAGUUCGAUGGCGUCUCGGCCGGAAAGUACACCGUCGGCCUCGGCCAGGCCCGCAUGGGCUUCUGCACGGACCGCGAGGACGUCAACUCGCUCUGCCUCACCGCCGUCCAGCGACUCAUGGAGAGGAACAAUAUCAGCGCGGAUCGGAUCGGUCGACUCGAAGUCGGCACCGAGACUAUUUUGGACAAGUCGAAGAGUGUCAAGACCGUGCUGAUGCAGCUUUUUGGAGACAACACGGACAUCGAGGGCAUCGACACGACCAACGCCUGUUACGGAGGCACGGCCGCUCUCUUCAACGCCCUUGCGUGGGUUGAAUCUUCCGCCUGGGAUGGACGCCUAGCCAUUGUGGUUGCAGCAGACAUUGCAGUUUAUGCAACCGGCAGUGCCCGACCGACUGGUGGAGCUGGAGCGAUGGCCAUGCUGGUCGGACCAAAUGCUUCCCUAGUGAUAGAAUCUGGCCUUCGUGCUAGCUACAUGAAACACGCUUAUGACUUUUACAAGCCUGACCUCAACUCCGAAUACCCAGUGGUGGACGGCAAGCUGUCCAUCCAGUGUUAUCUCAGUGCGCUAGACCACUGCUACCAACUCUACUGCAAAAAGGCUCAAAAAAAAAAUCCCGGUAGUAAAGUGCAGCUGAGCUCAUUCGACGCAAUUCUCUUCCACUCUCCGUACUGCAAACUUGUGCAAAAGUCUCUGGCGCGCCUUCUGCUCAACGACUACUACUUGGCGAGCGACGAAGAGAAAAGCAAAUUCCCACCAGCAUUUGAAGCAAUCAAGAAUGUCAAACUGGAAGAGACUUAUUUUGACCGGGACGUGGAGCGUCUUGUGCUAGACAACAGCAAGCAGCUGUUUGAAGAGAGAACGAAGCCUUCAUUGUUUUUGGCCAACCAGAUUGGAAACAUGUACACGCCGUCUCUCUAUGGUGGACUUGUUUCUUUGCUUAUAAGUCGAGAAGCUGCUCAACUGACGGGCAACAGGGUGGCGCUUUUCUCCUAUGGCUCGGGUUUGGCGUCUUCAAUUUACUCAUUACGGAUUAGCAGUGACUUAGCGGCAGUGAAGAAAGUUGUUGAUUCGCUCAAACAUGUUAAACCUCAGCUGGAAGCCAGGCGGAAAGUGGCGCCUGAGGAAUUUUCAGCCACACUCGACGCCAAGGAGAAAAACCAUCACAAAGUUCCGUAUGUGCCUGAGGGUCCUGUGGACACUCUGUUUCCUGGAACUUGGUAUCUGGUCGAAGUGGACGACAAGUAUCGACGCACCUACAAACGGGUGCCCCUCUGACCUUUGGAAUGACAUGCGUAGUCGUGCUGAUUGGCCAAAACGCUCCCACCAUUUUUCACGUAUUUGGAUCAAAUUGUUGAGUUUUCUACUUACAUUUACAAAGAAGUCUUGUUUUUACUUCAUGACACUAUUUGUCAAGGAGGCUGGUUGAGUUUUAAAAAUUAUUUUACCCAUUGCUAAUAUAUUAUUAUUCAUGUGUAUAAUCUAUGUUUGAGAGAUUUUAUUUGGAAUUUCAGUAAACAAAGUUCCACUACUUAAAUGGAAACGCAUUUUGUAUGCAUCUUGAGAUGAGCCAGUAUGUUUGUAUUGACCGCAAUCAAAGUGGCAUUGACAAUUAUUAUUCAAUUUAAUGUAAUUUGUUACAAAAUGUAUUUCAAUAAAUAUGUGGCCUUAUAAAUUGGUAUUAUGAAGAAGAUCAAA